AUGAGUGCCGAUGAAGGCGGAGGAACGGCCGUAGUGCCUGUCACAAAUGGCGAACAGCCUCGCAACAGUCCGGAGCCGUCGACAUUGGCAACCCCGGGCAAGCGAAAGCGUGUUUCCAGUCACGACGACAAGGCCGCACAGGAUGCCACUGCCGCUGCGGCGCAAUUGCAGGAACGAGCCAAACUACAAGAGACGCUGCGAAAUUUGGUGGAAAUCCUGAGCAAAAAUGACUCCGAUUUACAUCUCCUGUCGUGCCCGCUGCCAUCGUCCCUUACAAAACCCCGUUCCAAGCGCGCAAAGGUCUCGGGCGAUAAGGAUGAAAGCUCGAGUAUACAGGCCCGGGUCGCGUCGGACCGCUACAACACGCUUUCGGAAUUCUUGAGUGACAUUGAAAGGGCAUCUGCUGCAGUGAUUGAGCGAAAUAAAGCCCAGGCGACCGCUGCUCCUGCCGACGGAAACCCACUGACAGAAACGGUCAAUCGCAUUGCUGCCUUCAAAAAGCUACUGAAUAGCUUGGUUCGCCAAGCACAGAUGAGCCAGACUACCGUCAAAACCGAAGCAUCAGAGGACGGUGAAGCCCCAGUCAAAACCACGGCCUCCAACGUUGAAGUCCGGAAUGAAAGUGCGGUCCUGACCUUGUUUGGUAACCCGGCGAAUCCGAAACAGCUCUACUCCAGUCUGCAGAAGACAGUCAAAGUUCCGUUACAAUCAGAUGAUUCAAGCUCAGACAAGUAUGUUGAGGUGCAAGCGCCGCUGCCGGAGGAUGGCCUACCCAACGGGAUCACCGCCACAAAGGUGAUACCUAUUACUCUGGAAGCGAAGCCGAAGGAGGCCAAGAGGACUUUCGGCGAAGUAUUCACGCCGCGUGCAACAUUGCCUCAAUUGGAAGCGCCUCGCACAACUGGAGCUACGUCUCGCAACGUCUCUGGUGGCUGGAUCGACCCCUUCGAAACGAUUACGGACUACAGGUCAUUUCUGGGUGACCGUAACAACUACUGUUUGGCGAUGCUUCCUUCUGUUUCCUGGCUGCAGUAUGGCGGAGUUACUUCAUCGCCGGCUUACUGGAGUCGUCGUCAGAAGCAGCAGCCUUCGGAGCAUCGCGAAGACGAAAAGUUACCUGAUGAUCCGAUGCCAUCCACAGACGAAGAUAUUGCGCUCUGGCAAGGCGUGUAUUCGUCUUUUGCCCCGUCGUUCGAUAGCUCAGGGUCCGUUGUUCAAGCUGACUCGAAAGAUCUGGUAUGGUGGAGUAAGCGCGGAGCUAGACGCCUUUACACGCUGCUCUCAAUGGCAGUACCAGAGGCUGAGGAUGUCGUAGCAUCUGUACAGCCGGGCAAUAUCGGCGAGCUAGAUGAGAGCGCUUUGGAGGAAUUGGUCAAGUCGUUUAACCCAGAGGACUUGGCAGAUAACAUAACUCAAAGCAACAGAGCCUCAGAAGAGUCCACUGAUGAAGAGACUCGGGGAUUGGAUGACGUACUGCGGGAUGUCUCCGAAUUAUUAGAGACUCUCAGUUCGUACCAGAGAAUUCGCAGCCUGGAACUCGUGAGCACCGGGGGCCAAGGAGCGGAUCCUAGAGAAAUGGCACCCAGGCCUGGAUCGACGGACGCGCCCUCCGAGGAAGAGCGAACCGUUUACGAGACAUUAAAAUCUAGUCUUGCAACGCUCGUCGCGACUCUACCACCAUAUGCUAUUGCCAAGUUAGAUGGUGAUCAAUUGGCUGAUUUGAACAUCAGCCAGAAAGUCUUGAUUGAAGGCGCGGAUUACCAAGGUACUAUGGAGAAAGAUGACUAUACUAUGCAGCAGGAGCGCGCGUCUUCUAUCCCUGCAAAUCGAACUUCCACACCCAGCCGAGCUGCCAGCUACCAGUCCCAGUACAACCAGCGGGGCUAUAGCGCCAACACUCGGGCUCAACCUCAAGGAAACAUGCAGACAGCUCAGCCCUACUUCGCAGGAAGGCAGGGUUCUGCACCCGCGCCUUAUACCUCGGCGCCACCGCAGCAGUAUGCGGGGGGCCGCCCACCAUCGACACCCCAGCAGAGGCCAGGCUAUCAUCCCGGGUACUCUCAGCCACCAUCUCAAUUUAACCAAGGCAACCCUGGCCCACAAUAUCAGCAGCGCCCAGGACAGAAUGGAUACAAUCCAUACGCAGGGCAGCAGGGUGUACCCCCUGCGCAGGCAUCGCCCCAGCCGUACACCCCUCGGCCUGGACAAGCCGGUCCUUACCAUGCGUCUCAGGCAGCAGGCCGAGGCGCAUCUCCCCAAAAGCCCCCUUACGCAACGCCUACCGCGACCCCGCGGGCCUCGUAUAGUAUACCUCCAGCUUCGGCAAACCCUCAGCAAGCCCCACAGCGGUACAUCCCGCAGCAAUCACAGCAACCGCACCAGCCGCCACCACCACCACCACAACAACAACAGCAGCCGCCGUCGCAGCCGCCGUCGCAGCCGCAAUCCCAUCCGGGCAGCUUCCCAUCCAACCAAGCCCAGCCGCAGUCGGCAGGCUAUUCGAACUCAGCUGCCGCGAUGACCUAUGCGCGAAGUGCAGCUGAGCAGGCCGUGGUGAUGGAUCGAAACAAAGCCCAGCUGGCAGCCAACAUCCAGAACCGGCCCAACUCCACGACACCGCAGCCGUCAGGCGAUUCGGCGACACCAAAGCCGAAUGGAACCCCGGCUCCAUCAUCAUGA